AUGGCGAGCUCGUUUGAAAAGUCCGUCAAGGGCGCUACCAAGGUCAAGCUUGCGCCGCCGAAAACAAAGUACAUUGAGCACAUUCUGAUCGCCACACAUGCGGGCGAGGCUGGCGUCGGCGAGGUGUUCCGUGCUCUCCAGUUUCGCAUGCGGGAAACUUCGUGGACGACCGUCUUCAAGAGUCUGAUCACCAUCCACCUGAUGAUCCGCGAAGGCUCUCCCGACAUCACACUAGCCUAUCUUUCCACGAACAGAGGCCUGUUGGUGCCCUCUGCCAUAACGGACGGUCAGGUCCAAGGCCGGAAUAUACGGCACUACUCGACGUACCUGAACGAGCGGGCAAAGGCAUACCGCGACACCAAGGUCGACUGGGUGCGCGCAAAGGAGUCGAUCCUGGAGAAGCUGACGGUCGACAAGGGCCUGUUGCGGGAAACCGAGGCGGUGCAGAACCAGCUGACGGCGCUCCUCAAGUGCGACAUGGUGGACGACGACACGGGCAAUGAGAUCACCAUCUUUGUCUUCCGGCUGCUGGUUCUGGACCUGCUCUCGCUCUUCCAGGUGCUCAACCAGGCGAUGAUCAACAUCCUAGGCCACUUCUUUGAGAUGUCCAAGGUCGACGCCGAGCGGGCCAUGCAGAUCUAUCUUACCUUUACGCGACAGACCGACUUUGUGGUGCAAUACCUCACCGUGGCGCGCCAGUACGAGCACCAGACGCGCGUGGAGGUGCCGAAGCUCAAGCACGCGCCCGUGAAUCUGGGCCGUCAGCUGGAGGAGUAUCUCAAAGACCCGGACUUUGAGGUCCACCGGAGGCAGUACCUCGCCGAGAUUGCCACCAAAAAGUCCAAGGGCAGCUCGGGUGACGGCGCCAAGGCAUCCGGCUCCAAGGCUGCCGCGUCCAGCCAGGCCGACAAUGCGGCAACGUCGGUACCGAAGCUGGCACCGCCACCAGGAUCGAAGCCGCCGCAGCCGAGGGGGCCCGACCAGAACCUGAUCGACUUCUUCGGCUCCAUCGAGCAGAACCAGACGCCCAUGGCGGUCCAGGCCAGCCAGCAGCCGCAGCCGAUGGCCGGAGCGUCGCCUUGGGGGGCACAGCCGGCAGCGGGCAUGUUCCAGCAGCCGACGGGCUUCAUGGCCAUGCCGACGGGCCAGCAGCCGAACACGAACCCGUUCCGGCAGUCGAUGAUGACCCAGACGGCGACGGGCAGCAACACGUCCGCAGUGGCAGCGAGUCCGCUGGUGGCGGCGACGACCGGAUCUACGAAUCCGUUUGCGCGCGCCUCACCGCAGGCGGCGGCAGCACCGGCGGCAGCACCGCUCGUGGCGAUGCGGACGGGCACAAACCCAUUUGCGCGAAACAACGGAGGCGGCGGUGCCGGCAGCGACGGACAGCAGCAGCGGCCAGCGACGGCAGGAGGCAUCAGCGCGCUGGCACCACAGCCGACGGGCACGACGAACCCGUUCCGACAGGCAGCGUUUGUGAACCAGCAGACGGGGAUGGGAUGGCAGCACAACCAGCCGACGGGCAACUUGUUGGAUCAGCUGGACACGGUGUCGGUAUUUCCACGGCCGGCAACAGGCGGACAGUGGCAGUGA